AUGGACGAUGAUUUCGACAGCGUUUCCUGGAGAAAUGACCCCGGCAGUGAUGUAUCGCGGCCAACAACAUCGGGAACGGACGCCGAAGACACAGCUCGGUCUGAUCGAGACUUCAAUGGGAAACGCAGGAUGAGCGUGGCUCAAGAAGAGACUCAAGCAGGGCCACUGGCUGAUGCUGUCGACCUGGCUGGCAUCGGAGACGGUGUCUUGGAAUGUGCGGUAGACGCUCCGCUCAAGGAGAACGAUGGAACGAAGGAUGCCUAUAUUUCGUACCUUGUCACAACUCAUACAGAUUUCAAGACCUUUCAGAAACCGGACUUUACAGUCCGCCGGCGAUUUCGUGACUUCUUUUUUCUCUACAAGACCCUUUACCGAGAAUAUCCGGCUUGCGCGGUUCCGCCGUUGCCAGACAAACACAAAGUAGAAAGUUAUGUUACCGGUGAUAGAUUCGGCCCGGACUUUACCCAACGUCGCGCAUGGUCCCUUCACAGAUUCAUCAAGCGCCUAACAUUGCAUCCGGUGCUUCGCCGGGCGCCGUUGCUCGCUAUCUUCCUGGAGUCACCGGAUUGGAAUGCCCAUAUGCGGCUGCACGGAGGUCGCGGUUCCACUAGUACAACGGAUACCUCUGGUGGUAUAUUUGAUAAUUUUGCCGACACCUUUGUUAAUGCGUUCACAAAGGUUCACAAGCCAGAUCGACGAUUUAUCGAAGUGCGAGAAAAGGCCGAUAAAUUGGACGAAGACCUCAAUCAUGUGGAGAAGAUAGUGGCUCGGGUUGCACGGCGCGAGGCGGAUCUUGAAUCGGAUUAUGUUGAUUUGGCGACCCAGUUUCGCAAACUAGUCCCCUUGGAACCGGAGGUGGAAAUGCCACUGCAAGUAUUUGCAGCCUCUGUGGACGAAACCUCGCGCGGCCUGAGAGAUCUCAAAGACCACACGGACCAGAACUAUCUCGGAUCGCUCCGGGACAUGGGGGCAUACAUAUUGUCGUUAAAGACGCUACUCAAAACACGAGAGCAGAAGCAGCUAGAUUUCGAGGCCCUUGUAGAAUACCGCAACAAGGCCGUGUCUGACCGCGAUUCCCUGGUCAACAACCCGUCUUCACAUUAUGCAUCCAACCCACUCACGUCGUCGCCAGCCUCGUUUAUUCGAUCCAAGAUGGAAGAUAUGCGUGGCGUUGAUCAUGAGCAGGCUCGAAGAGAGCGAAUACGCAAGCUGGAACUCCGGAUUGACGAAUUGACGCGAGAGGUUGAUUCUGCAAAGACCACAUCGGAAAUGUUUGACGAAGAAGUUGUGCGUGAGGUGGCUGACUUUGAGCGGAUCAAAGGAGUUGAGUUCCGAGACUCUCUCGGAAGUCUGGCUGAAAGUCAUAUAGAAUUCUAUCAAGGUGUUCUUAAUACCUGGGAACGAUUCAUCUCGGAGAUGGAUGGCGAGGCUGGCGAUGACGGCUUGGGAGGUAGAAGCGAGGGUGCAUCAUGA